ACACACACACACACACACACACUCUCUCACCAUGUGGGCCGCGGUGACGGAGCGCUGCGACGAGAUUCUAACGGACCAGAACCGCGUGAGAGACUGUUUAACCGCCCUAGAGAGAAGAACCGGAGUACAGAGACAUUACAUCAUCUCAGGUGCACUGUGCAUCAUCGCUCUGUACCUGAUAUUCGGUUACGGUGCAUCUCUCCUCUGCAACCUGAUUGGCUUCGCCUACCCUGCCUACGCUUCUGUGAAGGCGAUCGAGAGCAGAAAUAAGGAUGAUGACACACAGUGGUUGACGUACUGGGUUGUGUACGGUCUCUUCAGUGUGGCCGAAUUCUUCUCCGAUAUUUUCCUCUUCUGGUUUCCCUUUUAUUAUGCUGGAAAGUGUGUGUUCUUGUUAUGGUGCAUGGCCCCGGUCUCCUGGAACGGGUCUCAGCUGAUCUACACUCGAGUGGUUCGUCCGUUCUUCCUGCAGCACGAGGCGACGCUCGACAGUGUGGUGAAGGACCUGACUGGAAAAGCCAAGAGUGCGGCCCAGUCUGCUACUACAGAGGGUUUCACUCUGCUCUCCAGCGAUAAGAAUAAAUAAUCAUUUGCAGCAGGUGAUGUAAAGAAAACGACGGCAUUUCUCUUCACCACGGUGCCUUAAAUAAUCACCCACUUUUAAUUCAUCUUCAUCAUCACCCUCAUGAUCAUCACCCUCAUCAACAGCAAUGGAGCUACAUCUGUUUAUAAUGUGAAUUAGUGUUAAUGCCUCCCUUAACUCCAUAACUGUACCUCAUGAAGGAUGCUGUGUGUUUUUGUUUUCAGAUCAGUUUUAAUAUAUAAAAUAAACUAAUAAUAAACUUUAA